AUGCACACUUACCUGUGGACCUCUGCCGUGCUUCUUGCCGCCGUCGCCCCCUCGGUUACCGCCGUCAAUCAGCUGGCUGUCCUCCAAGCCAGUACCGCCGCCGCCGGAACCGCCAUUCCCAACUUCAACCUCAACCAGUUCCCCGUCUCCAACUCUCAGUUCUGCCGCCAGAUCUUCCAGGAAAACCGUGCCGUCCAGGCCUCCAAUGGCUCCCAGAUCAAGACGGGCGCCUGCUCAUCCACGCCCAUGGGACAGAUCCCCACCUUCAACAACAUGGUCUCCACUCUGAUCACCAACCCCGUUGCCGGUGCGACCCUCAACGCUGCCGUCGACAACACCGUCACCAUCGAUCUCCUCAACAUGGCCACUGGUUUCUUCGAUGAUCCCCAGCAGCAGUACUACAUCUUCCCCCAGUCCCUUAACAACCAGGGCAACAUUCAGGGACACAACCACAUCACCAUCCAGACCCUUGCCGUCAACGCCGCCCCUGAUCCGCGUGCCUUUGUCUUCUUCAAGGGUCUGAACCAAGCCUCGCCCGAUGGUCGUACUCUCUCCGUGACCGUCCCGGCCGGUACCUUCAAGGUCAACGGUGUCCACCGAAUCUGCUCUCUGGCGGGUACCUUCUCUCAUCAACCUGUGGUUAUGCCCGUCGCUCAGCGUGGUGCCCAGGAUGACUGUAUUCGUAUCAUUGUU